GCGCCAGCAGGCUCGGCCCCUCCCCCGCACGGGAUCGCUGACUUCCUCAUUCUCCGCACGGACAGUGACUCCCUGUAGCAGAGUACAGCCGCCGGGAUAUCAGUACUGCCUCCGCUCACACCAUGUCCAAGCCGCCAGCUAAACCCGCAAAGCCAGGGCAGGUGAAAGUUUUCCGGGCCUUGUACACUUUUGAACCUAGAACGCCUGAUGAAUUAUACUUUGAUGAAGGGGAUAUUCUUUACAUUUCAGAUAUGACGGAUACAAAUUGGUGGAAGGGCACCUGUAAGGGAAAAACGGGACUCAUACCAAGUAAUUAUGUUGCAGAACAGGCUGAAUCCAUUGAUAAUCCACUGCAUGAGGCUGCUAAAAGAGGUAACCUUAGUUGGUUAAGAGAGUGUCUAGAGAACAGAGUUGGAGUCAACGGGUUGGAUAAAGCUGGAAGCACUGCUUUAUAUUGGGCUUGUCAUGGAGGACAUAGAGAUGUUGUAGAAGCCUUGCUGACACGGCCAAACAUUGAACUCAACCAACAGAACAAGCUUGGUGACACGGCUCUGCAUGCUGCCGCAUGGAAAGGGUAUGCCGACAUUGUAGAAUUGCUGCUCUUGAAAGGAGCAAGAACAGAUUUGCUGAAUAAUGAGAAAAAGUUGGCUUUGGAUAUGGCUACAAAUGCACAAUGUGCCUCACUGCUUAAAAAGAGACAGGGCCAAGGCCUUGUACGAACGUCCAGCAAUGCAGAAGAAUACCUUGAUGAUGAAGACUCUGAUUAGUUGUCAGCAAAAUGUUUUCUCUCCAAAUCCUGCAUUCCAGAGCACAUCCUUAUUUGAAGAGAACCUAAGCUAUGCAAACAGUCAAUGGUGAAGAUUUAUCAGAACUGUCUAAUAGAAAAACUUUUUUUUUUGGGGGGGGGGGGGGGGAUUUAUCAUUCCCCUUAUGCUUUUUUUUUUUUUUUGGUUUCCAAAAUCCACUGGAUUUGUGACUUUUCAAUGCAUUUGCGACUUUUCUUGUUGCAGUCUGCAUUUUUACACCGCCCUUGUCAAGUCUACAAAAAGGGGGUGUAGUGAGGGCAUUGUGAGGGCAAGGCCAUCAGCCCCAGCUAAUUCAUCAUUAUUUAUACCAGAAACUGGCAGGAAUAAUGACUGAAAUCUAAGGCAGCUCUAAGCUACCAUAGAUUUCAUUCCGGAGCACAGAGAGCCAGAGGAGGCAGGUAAUUUAUGACGAGGCCUGCACAUCAUCAUAAAGUAGGUGAGUCCUGCUGCAGCGCAGUCCCUAUCAAGACCACAUCGGGCCUUUGUUUUUCAUAGCAACCAAUAUGUACUGCUGUUGGCAACAAGGCUAGGUUUUCUAUUAGACAGCUUUGACAAAUUAAUCUCACUGAUUUUGUGACAUGAUGCAAAAUGCCUUACAAUACGGUAUCGUGAAUGAAAAUAGACCCAUUCCAUGUUUUUGUUAUGUGUCCACCUGAUAGGAUGUCAUUUGGUUGUCCUAUACCUGCACUUGACUUUUUUACUACUUUUAUUUGUCCUGUUUAAUGUCUAACAUCUAACGUUGAUCAGUGUCUUAAUUUUCAUCAGCUCUUCACCAAAUAAAUAUUCAUGAUCAAAAUA